AUGGAGGCGCCAAUCCGGGAGCUCACCCACCGGUCUGUAGUUUCAUGCUUCAUUUUUAAAACCCUCUCGCCUACCUCCACCGAUGCUCCGAAGGUAGCUCUUUUCAAACGCAGCGACAAGGUCAGUACUUAUCAACUGGCACCCAUCUCGGGAUCAGUCGAAAUAGCAGACCCUACCCCGCUCGACACGGCAUGGCGGGAGCUCCAUGAGGAGACAACCUUGACUAAGAAGUCUCUGCGACUUCGUAGGCAAGGCAAGAAAUAUUCUUUCAUAGACGAGCGCCUGAAGCGGGAAUGGACCAUUCACCCCUUCGCUUUCGAUCUCAUCCCCAUCGAGAAAGGGGGAAAAGGGGAAGCAGGACUUACUAUCGAUUGGGAGCAUGAAGGCUGGGGAUGGCAUAAUCCCCGCGACGUGAAUGACAGCGACGCUUUUGGGGGGGUACCCAGACUUGCUGUAAGCCUUCGUAGGGCCUGGAUCGAGUACGACAUUGGCGAAGAGGCCGGCAAGAUUCUCGCCUCGGGCUUGGAGGACUUGCAAGAAGAUCACCUGAACGGGGCCCGAAUCCUCGCGGCAAAGGCCCUUGACACGUUCACGAAUGUCGUCGUUGCCCUAGACGCCGAGUCCCAGGAGGAAUGGUGGAAGCAGGCUCGAAUGGUAGCCUGGAAUGUCUGGAAGAAUGGCCGCGAGAGCAUGGGAGCUGCGAUUCUCAACGUGAUGCUCUCAUCUCUCAAGUUGAUUGAAAGUCGUGUUCUUUCGAAAUGGAAGGACCUGUCUAAAGCCGAUCGCGGAAAGGCCAUUCGGGAGGCCCUGGAAGAAUAUGGGAGGCAGCGACUGGACCUCAACAAAAAUAUCUCGAGCUCGUUCCAGUCGCUCAUUGAGACCAAUUAUUCAAAAGAUCGUCCUGUGCGGGUGCUUACGCUUUCUGGAAGCUCUACGAUAUCGCGGUGCCUCACGGAUACAAUGGAGGCGGCGAACUUUCCAUUCGACCUCCGAAUCCUAGAAUCAAGGCCGCGGUUCGAAGGUGCCGCCCUCGCUGCAAAAACCGUUGAUUUUAUUGAGAAACUAAACGCGAAUUCGGCCGCUCCCAACCCGAGCACAGUCACUGUCUUUACCGAUGCCUGCGCCGCCAUUGCUGCCAAGGACGUCGACUUGGUGCUGCUUGGGGCCGACGUCAUCUCUUCCGAUGGCGACGUCUGCAACAAAACGGGGUCUCUGCCUGCCGUCUUAUCCGCCAAGCAUGUCUCUCCAAGCGUAAAGGUCGUUGCGAUUGCCGAUAAGGAGAAGGUGUUUCCCUUCGAGCCUCCCGCGCGCGAGGAGAAUGACCCUGAAGAGAUUACCGGGACUUGGUAUACCGUGGAAGCGACCGUGGCAGCGGAGGCUACUAUUAUUCCCGAGAAGGAGCCUGAGAAGAAGCCCGUUGGCGAUGUGAAGAACUUGUAUUUUGAGUGGGUUGAGUCUGGGCUGGUAGAUGAUUUCGUACUCGAGGAUGGUUGCAAGACUGCCGCUGAUAUUCGGGAAAUCGCCUCGACGGUGGAAAAGGAAGCGAGCCGGUUCUUUGACGAACUGUAA